AUGGCCCAGAAGCCAAAAGUGGACCCCCACGUCGGACGGUUGGCAUACUUGCAGGCGCUGGUCACGGAAUUCCAGGAGACCAAGAACCAAGACGCCAAGGAGCAAGUCUUGGCCAACCUUGCCAACUUCGCCUACGACCCCAGCAACUACCAGUAUCUGCGGCAGCUGCAGGUCCUGGACUUAUUUCUCGAUUCGCUGUCGGAGGAGAACGAAACCCUGGUGGAGUUUGCCGUUGGUGGUCUCUGCAACCUGUGCACCGACAGGGCCAACCAGGAGCACAUCCUGCAGGCGGGGGGCCCCGCGCUCCUCAUCAGCUGCCUGUCCAGUCCCAGAGAGGAGACAGUGCUGUCCGCGGUCACCACGCUCCUGUACCUGAGCCCGUCCAGCGCCCACCCCGAGCUGACCGCCCCCCCCGUGGUACAGUGCAUGCUGCGCUUCUCCCUGUCGGCCAACACGCGGCUCCGCAACCUGGCCCAGAUCUUCCUGGAAGACGUCUGCUCCCCUAGCCAGGUGGCCGAAGCCCGCCACUGGGGGACACACUCCGCCCUGGGCAUUCCACUGCCCAAGGACUGA